GAAGGGAGAGGCGACGGAAGUGUGACCUAAACUCCCUGCCCUAUCUUUCUGUCUGUCCAUCUAUCCAUCCAUCCACCUCUCCACCCCUCCGUCCGCCAUCACCGCCUAUCGCUGUAUUUGGGGACCACAAUUAGAAGUCCUUAAUGAAACCUUUAUCGGAACGCGUCUAACGGAAAAAGCGCAAUAGGACUUUUUCAGACAGAAAAUAUCUUAGAAAAUAAAUUCGGUUGUUGAGAACUAGUUUUGCUAACUAUGUUAAAUAGUGGACCUUUAAGUUGAAUGAGCUAACGAGAAAGUUCCGUGGUUUUGACAAAAAAAAAAAACUAAAGUCCUUUUAUAUUACACUGUAUGUCAGGUAUUACGUACUCAUGUUUAAAUAUCAGCUAAAAAGGUACAACGGUCACGCAGUUUUGUUUUGUUUUCCAAAAUCUUUUUAGGUGGUCCUCAAGAAAAAAAAAAAAAGUCUAGCCCAAGAGCAGUCCCGGUCCCCAACACCCGGACGUCGCCAAGCCCAGGAGCGGGAGGGGCCUGCUUUGAGGAGACCAGGAAGGAGGAAGGGAAAGUAGGGAAAGGGGCGGGGGGGAAAGUGACGGGAGCAGUGAGAGCCGGAAAUGACUGGCUAGCGAGGAACCCAGGGGCACCCUGUCCGGCGGCGCUCUAGCCCCCGCGCCCUGUCUCUAUGCUCCCCCUGCGUCUGGUCUAUUUAUUGUCGCGGGGAAGAAGCGGCCGCCCAGUACCCGGAACAACAAAGCGAGAAAGACGGAGCCCGAGCCUCGGGGGCUCCUAGCAACGGGCCGGGGCGGGAGUUCCAUGGAGACUGGGGAGCGCGCCCGCCUCAUCAUCAUCCUUGUCCUCCAGCUUAUCCUUCGCGUCCGACGUAACCGGCAGCAGCGCUGCCGCCGCGUUCUCUGCCGCCGCCCCCUCUUCCCACGAAGUAGCUGAAACUGCUGCUCUGCUCCAGUGAUUCAGGUGGCUCAAGAGUGACUGCAUACGAUUGGAGCAGUAUUUGUUUAUGGAUGUGAUCUUCGUGGUGGGAAGCUAAGUUUUUAAACUACCCCAAUGGAUGCAGACAGUGAUGUUGCAUUGGACAUUCUAAUUACAAAUGUAGUCUGUGUUUUUAGAACAAGAUGUCAUUUGAACUUAAGGAAGAUUGCUUUGGAGGGAGCAAAUGUAAUUUAUAAGCGUGAUGUUGGAAAAGUAUUAAUGAAGCUGAGAAAACCUAGAAUUACAGCUACAAUUUGGUCCUCAGGAAAAAUUAUUUGCACUGGAGCAACAAGUGAAGAAGAAGCUAAAUUUGGUGCCAGACGUUUAGCCCGCAGUCUUCAGAAACUAGGUUUUCAGGUAAUAUUUACAGAUUUUAAGGUUGUGAACGUUUUGGCGGUGUGUAACAUGCCAUUUGAAAUCCGUUUGCCGGAAUUCACGAAGAACAACAGACCUCAUGCCAGUUAUGAACCUGAACUUCAUCCUGCUGUGUGCUAUCGGAUAAAAUCUCUAAGAGCUACAUUACAGAUUUUUUCAACAGGAAGUAUCACAGUAACAGGGCCCAACGUAAAGGCUGUUGCAACUGCUGUGGAACAGAUUUACCCAUUUGUGUUUGAAAGCAGGAAAGAAAUUUUAUAAUUCAUCAUGUAAUUGGUUAGAAUUCCUAACUGAGCACCUUUUAAAACCUGCUGCACAUUGGACUCAAAACAAAAGGAAAACUGGACCAACAGUAAUUGAGGAAAUAGACUCUUUUAUUCAUUCACGGCUACAGUGUAAGCUCCAAGCCCUUUGGAUUUUAUUUCAAACCUUGCUGUAAUAUAAAAAGGAAGUUUACAAGACAUGACAUUGCUGCUUUUACAAAAGGACAUUCUAUUUAUUUUCGCAGUAAUUCUCAUGUCCCCGUAAGCAGAGCUGUCACAGUGUGCACUACCUUAAAUUGUUUCGUUAUUGUCAUUAUUUCUUCCCAGUUUGAGCUAAUGUGUUUUAUUUGUGAAUAGUCUUUUACAUUUUUGUAUGCUGAAUAUGGGCACCAAAGAACCUGUAAAAGUUAUCUUUUUCAAUUGAAUGUGCACAAAUAAAAGUUUGGAAAAGAUCUCUCUUCAUUCUGUAACUUUUACUCCCCAUUUUCUAUUUUAACAAAAAUUGUAUUCAUAAUUCUUUUUUCUUUUUAAUCUAUGCAAGCUUAGACUUUUGCUAAAGUGUGUUGGCUUCUUUUUGAAGUGUAUUUUGUAAAUAUAUAUAUGCCACAUGUGUAUAGUAUCUUUUACUGCUCUUGUUACCAAAUAUUAAAUAGGAAUUUUUUUUUCUUGCAGAUUAGAAAUAAAAAUAUGUAUAUAAACUCUAGGGAGCAAACCGGAGUAGAACUUUAUAGAUUAAGCAUAAUGUUUUAUGUUGCUAAUUUAAUAUGAUAGAAAAUGUUAAAUAUCUUUUAAAAGUUAUAAAGGUGUAGUUUUAAGAAGCAAAACCUCUUACCUACAAGAUGGAUAUGAGAAAGAAGCUGUGAUGGGUUGUACCUCAUAUAUACUUGUGUUAUUCUGGUUAAGACUCACCUCUAGUUGUAGGAAAGUAGUAAUCUUAGGUUGGUGCUGAAGGCUAUACUAAGAGUCUUGUCAGGAGUUGAUACAUUGUGCUGUUUUAACAAGAAGUGCCCACAAGCUGCCUCUGUGCCACAGUAUAAUUAUAAUACAGUUCAACUUGAACUUGAAAGCCAUUUAACAAGAUAGGUCUUUCCCCCUUGCUGUGUCUUAUUUAAUGGAGCUGAAGAGUGACUAUUCAGUAUUUGGGAUUGCGACUCUUAAAGUUAAAAUAAAUGUGCAUUUGUGAAACACUGGCCCUCUGGCUCACCCAGGAGCCUUGGGGUAGUACACGAUCAGGCUGCACCCGUGCCGUACCACUUGGGAUUAGGAGUUGAGUAGAACCAACAGUAAUUUCACUUAGAAAUAAAGCUGAGUGGAGAGUCUAAUUAACUUCCUAGUAGUAACUUAAUAGAGACAAUAUUCCAACACAAUCUUCCCACUAAAACCUGAGUUUUCAAAAUGUUUUGGAAGUUUCAUGAAAAAUCACAGCAUCUAAUCCUCCAUGUUCUAGUUCAUUUUCCUUACGAUAUUAUAAAGUCUUCCAAAUCUAGCUUACAUACUGCACUGAAAAACAUACCUUAUUUUUACAUUUAUUUUUUUAUCCCCUUUUCUCUCAAUGCCCUCCCCUGCGGUGCCUCUCACUCUUAAGUCAGGGGACAAAGGCUAGCUUUUAUAUUUUCUUUCUUGUGAAAAACUUAAUUGUGAUUUUCAAACUUCUCUUAUUCUCUCUCUCCUGGUUUUUUUUGUUUUGUUUUGUUUUGUUUUUUGUUUUUUGGGUUUGUUGUUUUUUUUUUUUACAUUGUGUUUUUUGCUUCAUUUUAAGAUCCAGUAGGAUAGGGUAAACCUCAUGAAAUAUAGAAGAUACAAUUCAG